CGGCGCUUUACGGCUGUCGUGCUUCCGGGCUCCGCCAGCAUGGAGGCCGAGGAGUUGGAGAAGGAAGAUGCGGAGCCCGAGCCCCUGGAAGGGAGAGACCAGGAACCAGAAGCGGAGGGGGGGCGGGAGGAGUCCGAAGAGGCGGCUUGCGGCGGCAAGAAGCGAGUGGUGCCGGGAAUUGUGUACCUGGGCCACCUGCCGCCCCGCUUUCGGCCUCUGCACGUACGGAACCUUCUGAGCGCCUACGGGGAGGUCGGGCGCGUGUUUUUCCAGCCCGAGGACGGCUUCGUGAGGCGCAAGAAGAAGGCGGCGGCGGCCGCGGGCGGGAAGAAGCGGCCCAAGUACAGCAAGGACUACACCGAGGGCUGGGUGGAGUUCCGGGACAAGCGCGUGGCCAAGCGCGUGGCGGCCAGUCUGCACAACACGCCCAUGGGAGCCCGGCGGCGCAGCCCCUUCCGCUACGACCUGUGGAACCUCAAGUACCUGCACCGGUUCACGUGGUCGCACCUCAGUGAACAUCUUGCCUUCGAGCGCCAGGUGCGCAGGCAGCGCCUGAGGGCUGAGGUUGCCCAGGCCAAGCGCGAGACCGACUUCUACCUCCGAAGCGUGGAACGCGGACGGCGCUUCCUUGCCGCCGGUGGGGACUCCGCCCGCCCGAAUAGCACCUGGGCCUUUGCCCAGCGACCUACUGAGCAGGAGCUGAGAGCCCGGAAGGCAGCCCGGCCAGGGGGACGUGAACGGGCUCGCCUGGCGAGUGUCCAGGACCAGGCUCGCUCCAGCCGAGGGCUGCUUGCCAAGAUCUUCGGAGCUGCAGCACCCUCAGAGAGCCGGGAGGAACCCUCCCUAGUCAGGGACUCGUGAAGGGCAGAGAGACCCCUUCCGCCUCCUAGUCACGAGAAGGACUACUCGGGCAGACGUUUUAUCUUUCACAGACCGGGGAUCUCUGAUGAGUGCGCAGACGUACCUUUUGUGGGCCUCUCCCUCUCCUGUUGCCUGGGGACGGCCCCUAAUUCAUACUAGCAUGAGUGUGACUACCGCACAUGCCUGUUUUGAUUUUUAGUUCUCUACCUCCCGCCCAGUGGGAGCCUCUAAAAAUCGCACUUUCGGGCUGACCUCAAGCUAGAGUGGGAAUGUCCAGUCCAGGCAACUUUUUUUUUUUUUUUUAACCAACUGUAAGUGAAGGAUAGCAGCAACGUCCUUUUUAGUUAGAGAAGAUUAACAGGGACAGGGGUUAAUGGAGAGGGACUGGGUUGGGAGUCACCUUCCAAAUGUAUUUAUAGAAAAGAAAAAAUAUAAGUAUUUGUAUGCCUUUGUAGUUUAUUUGGCUUGCAGGGUGCAUUUUACAAGUUCUAACUUUUAUCUCCUCAUGUCCUGUUCGCUCCCCUUAAUGUCAUCUGGUCUCAGAGCCACCUCCCCCUCCCUUCCACCUUCAGCCUGGACUCUUUCUGUCAAAUUAAUUUCUUAGCUCACUUUAUCAAUUAUCUAAUUCCACAUUUCCCAAGUCACUAUAUGAGGACAUAGUGACAGUAGGUGGUAACACACGGCCCUUGCCAUUAAGAGCUGGAGACCACUAGGAAGGGACAGGUACUCGAGAAAUAAAUGGAAGCACCGCGGGCAUCAUGGUACAAGUAUCUACGGGGAGAGGAGGAGCCGUGGGAGGGCUUGUUUUUUCUGGGAAGACAGGCAGUGCUUAAUGUGGGGCUCAUUCCCGGUCACACUCUUCAGAGAUGGGUCCGUUGUCACCAGCUUUUCCAGAUCAUUCCUGAAAAGUGAGCCGGCAUCUGAGUGCGGCUGGUGUGCUCCUGUGGUUGGAAACCAAGCUCCACGGUUGGAGUGCUGGGUUCUAACCAUUGUAAAGGGAAGCAGAACGGGGAGCUCGUGGGGCGCCCUUCUGGGAAUCAGGGCCUGGUGAGGGGGACGGGUCCCAGACAGCAUGCGAGGCAGCUUUAGAAGCCAAGCCAAAUCUAGUCAGCCACCAAGAGAAACUGCAAACUGCAGUGUUAGACUCAGGAAUCUAGAUGGAGCCUCGCAAAUUAGAACUGGUCAGGGGCGCCUGGCUGCCUCCGUGCAUGGAGUGAGCAACUCUUGAUCUUCAGUUGGGUGUAGAGAUAACUUAAAAGUAAAAAAAUCUUUAAAAAAAAAAAAAAAGGUCAGUAAAACUUACAGGAAGUAGUAGGGUGAUUAUAAUAAUUUGGUUUUUGCUUGUGCUAUGUAAUCCCCCUUCCCCCCCUCCCGUCCUCAAUAUAAUUACUCGUAUUUGGGUGAAGUGGAUUCACCCACUUCUUUGGCUCUAAAGUAAUAAAAUCUUAGUCAUGUCAAGAUUUUUA